UCGUGGAUAGUGUGAUAUUUCGUUGAUUUGCGGUAAUUAUUUAUAAUCUCUUUAUUUCAUCACUUUCAAAUAUCAAAAAAAUGUGAUUUUUUUUUCUUCUUCGUAAGAGAGGGGAAGUUUAAACCAAACAAGUGAGAAAGAGAGAAAGAAAAGGAGGAAGGAAGAAAGAAAUCAAUAAUAAAAAAAACUUCCCCCAUAUUGUUAAAACGAUAUAAGAAAAAGAAAAUCAGAAAUAUGAGUUGAUAUUUUUGGAUGGCCGAACGCAAGAAGUGCCGUGGAUACAACGAACCUAAAUACAUUAAUGCCAAAAUAUUUGUACAUAUCUGUGUAAAUAUAUAUAAACAAUAGAAACGCACACCAUAUUAUAUAUAAUAAUAUCUACCAACAAAAAGACCUCUAAAAUGCUAGUAACAGGAAUGAUGGAAGCAGACAGAAACAUUUUGCACUCGUAUCCCCAAGGUCACCAGAAGAACCAGGAAACAGACAGAAGAAAAUAUAAAUCUCACGCAAGCAGCAGACACUUGUCUAUGCGAACGGUCGUGUCUGCCGUCUGCCUGUGCUUUCUUGCAUGGCUGACGACCGUAGAAGGCUGCCGAACAGGGCCAAGAAUACGGUGGCGGACAGACGGCCGCUGCGGUGCCAAUUUCCCCCUCCCGAGCAUGGCACCGUCCGAGUGCGACCCUGACAGUGACCGCCCGUGCUGCAGUGACUACGGGUAUUGUGGCAACUCUCUGUCUCACUGCAGCUGCCCGGAUUGCAUCGAUUUUCGAA